CUGAGCUCGCUCUAAUGGCUAGGGGAAGGGGACGAGGUUGGAAGCUGGUGAUUCAGAAGGAUUUCCCGGUGGUUGAUGGAUUUAAAUUGAAGGAUGUUGGUGAUGUGGAAGAGAAGAAUAAGAAGCAUGGAGCUGUGAAGGAGAAAUCUCUAGGUGGAGAAGCUUGUGAUCAAGUAUUGAUGGAUGGCCCGUUUACAUUUGAUAAUCAUCUACUUGUUUUGAAAAAAUGGCAUCCAAGGCUAAAUGUAGAUACUAAUGCAUAUGCUCUUCCUAUUUGGAUACAACUUCCUGGAUUACCAUGGAAAUUCUGGACAAAGAACAUGCUCAGUAAAAUUGGAAGUGUUUGUGGGAAUCCAUUGUAUUGUGAUAAAUGUACUCUAUCUAAAGUGAAGUUGGGAUAUGCUAGGAUACUUAUGGAAAUGGAUUCUUCAGGUGAUUUUCCUGAAAUGAUUGACCCAUAUGGAUGAAAUAGGGUCUUGUUUCCCACAGAAAAGUGGUUUAUGAGUGGAGACCUUCUGUUUGUUCAAAUUGUAGGAAAUUUUGAUAUUUGAAGCAAAAUUGUCAGUAUACAAAGCCAGAGAAAUUGGUCUUGAAAAAUGAAGAGUAAAGCUGAAAAACAAUUUAGAAGAUGGGAAUGUUAAAAUAGUGUAGGAGAAGGAAAGACAGGCUAUAACAGUCGUAUCGGUGAAGAACUCAAUGAAUACUGAUAAGAGUAUUGUCCAAAGUAAUAAGGGGGCAACAUCGAUAGAAAUUAUCAAGGGGUAAAAAUUUCAGAUACUACCUAAGAAUCUGUUGAUCAGAAAGUUACUCUGUAAAAGGGGGAUAUGCCUUCUAUACUUACAAAAAAGAAUGAAACAGUUACCGCAUUAAAUUUUGGAGGUAAAUCUCCCAUACAGGCCCAGAAUCAAAUGAAUAUCAACAAUAAUUUAUUAUCCUAUGGGCCUAUUUGCAGUAAUAGUUUUGAUAUCUUAGAGGAUGAUGGUGGUAGAUAAACUGCCAAUUUGUACAGUGAGAAUAAACUCAAUGAAGGAUGUAGGAAGGGCAGGACUGCUAACCUACUAAAAUCAUUGAAAAGUGAUCAUGUCUUGGAAUAUUAGAGGGUUGAACAACUCUCUAAAGCAAUCAGAGUUAAAAACAAUGAUUGCUAGAUAUAAACUUGUUGAUAUGGGAGUGCUGGAAACAAGAAUAAGAAUAGAAAAUAUGGAUGCAGUGUGGAAUAAAAUACAAUUCCAUCAAUGGAAAAUGGAAUAUAACUACUCCAUUUGUGAUCAAGGAAGAAUUUGGGUUAUCUAUGAUCCUAGACAAGUCAAUUUACUGGUAGUGGAAGUUAACUUGCAAAUUAUACACUUUAAGAUUACCAUGGGAGAUAUCGUAGUUUAUUGGACUUAUGUGUAUGGGUCAUAUAACCAUAUGAUUAGAAGAGAGAUGUGGAUGAAACUAUCAAGUAUUGGCAGUCAAUUGAUAGAGCCUUUGCUUAUACAGGGAGACUUUAAUUUUGUAUGCAGUAAUGAAGAUAGGAUUGGAGGUAAUCCCAUAAAUGAAGAAGCUACCAGUAAAUUUCAAAAUUGGAUACUGAAUUUAAACCUGGUGGAGGUGUAGUAUACUGGUCCUUAGUUUACUUGGACAAACUAUCAAGAGAAGAACAGAAGAAUUUUCAGAAAAUUGAAUUGGUGUUUUGUCAAAUUAGCUUUGGUAUGCAAGUUUAAUGGACCCUUUGUGUUAUGUAAAUAAUUCUAGUGUGUCAAACCAUUGUGGUUUUUUAAUUGACAUGCAACAUUCAGUAAGGAAAGUGAAGGUUCCUUUCAGAUUUUUCAACAUGUGGUGUAAGCGCCCAGAUUUUUUUCAAAAUAGUUGAAAGGAUAUGGAAGAUUCCUAUGAGUAGGAAUAACAUGUAUAAAAUGUGCCAAAGACUGAAUUUACUUUGGGUUGAAUUGAGGAGUCUUAACAGAAAGAAUUUUAAUUAGCUAUCAAGGAGAAUUUCAAAAUAUAGAGGUGACUUAGAAAAAAUUACAUGAAGGCUGCAAGGUGAUCCAUUCAAUAAGACAAUUCAACAAGAGGAUAAGAGCAUGCUUAUACAACUGCAGGAAAUGCUUUACUGGGAGGAAAGUUUUUUUAAAAAAAAAUCAAGAUGCCAAUGGAUUCAAACUGGAGACCAAAAUUCAAAAAUUUUCUUUUGAUCCUGCAGCAAAGGAAAACCAGGAAUUAUAUUACCCAAUUAAUCCUAUCUAGUGGGAAGGUUUGUACAUACCAAAGCGCUAUAAAGGAGAGUAUACUUGAACACUAGAAGAAUUUUCUGGCCACUGUAAAAGUCAGAAGAGGUAUUUUUGGCAGCUCUGAAUUUUCAGAAAAAGUAGUUCCUAAUGAGGCUAGAUUUUCUCAAUGUAAAAUGGCAACAUAGAAGGAGGUAAAAGAGGCAUUAUGGAGUAUAAAGGAUGACAAAAGCCCUGGUCCUGAUGGGUAUAACAACUAUUUUUUUAAAAGAACUUGGAGUAUUGUGGAUAAGGAAGUAUACCAUGCUGUUCAAGAAUUUUUCUUAAAGCAAGCAAAUCUACUAUCAUUACACUUAUCCUUAAAGUGACCAGUCCAUAGAGAAUACUGACUUUAGACCCAUUUAAUGCUGCAAUGUUCUAUAUAAAGUGGUGUCUAAAAUUCUGGCUGGUAGGUUGAGAAAUGUUCUAAAUGAUAUAGUUCAUUUAAACCAAUCAGCAUUCAUACUCAAGAGAUUGAUUUCAGUUAACAUCAUGCUGUCCCAUGAAUUUAGUCAGAGGAUAUCAUAGGAACAAGAUGAAAUGUUGUGCUCUAAAUAUUGAUCUACAGAAAGCAUAUGAUUAUGUAUCAUGGGCCUUCUUGGAAGAGGUUUUGGUGUCUUUUAGAUUUCCUGAACAUUUCAUCAAACUGAUCAUGAAUUCAGUGAGGUCAUGCAUGUUCUCAAUUAUGAUUAAUGGUUAGAUGGAGUGGUAUUUCCUUGGAAAAACUGGGUUUAGGCAAGGUGAUCCAAUACCUCCACUGUUAUUUGUGUUGUGUAUGGAGUACCUGACCAGAUCUUUUAAUAAGAUGUCCAGAAAUGGAUUUAAAUUUUAUAGAGAUUAUGAAAACCCUCAGGCUGUGUCAAUUGUGCUUUGUAGAUAAUUUAUUUGUAUUUGCAAAUGGAGAUAUUAAUUCAAAUUGGGAUGAUUAAGAAUACAUUGAAGCAUUUCCCAGAGGUCUCUGGUUUAAUGCCCAAUUUGCAAAAAAGUUUUGUCUUUUUUUCUAGUAUUGAACAGAAUGUCAGAAUCCAAAUACCAGAUGUGCUGGGAUUUAAAGAAGGGAAACUAUCAGUGAAAAACAUGGGACUUCCCCUAAUUUCAACAAGAUUAAAGAGAGAGCACUAUUUGGAGCUAAUUGAAAAAAUUACUGCUAGAAUAGCAAGCUGGACUGCUAAAAUACUAUCAUUUGUACGUAGAAUACAACUGGUGAAUUUAACUUUGGCCAGUUUACUUCAAGAGGUUUAUAUGGCAUGGAUCAGCUGAUUCGAAAAGAGGAGAGCUUAUGGCAUGGUAUUUAGUGUGUCAAAAGAAAAAUGUGAGUGGUAUGGGAAUCAAACCAGUAUCAUUAUGGAAUCAGGAAAUACAAAUCAAACAUAUUUGGGAAUUAAUCAAGGAAAAGCAAACAUUAUGGGCAAUGUGGGUGACUAAAGUAAAAUUAGACAAGCUCAGCUUCUGUGGCAUCACCAAAACAGCAGAUAGCAGUUGGAAUUGGAGAAAUCUUCUGAAACUGAGAAAACUAGCAAAUAAAAUGUUUGAUUAUCAACUUGGAGAUGGGAAGAAGUUCUCCUUUUGGUUUGAUCCAUGGUGUACUGGAUCAUCUAUUGUAGAGCUAUUUCCUAACAUCAAUUUCAGAGAACCUUACAUAUCUAGGGAGUCCCUUGUAUAUGAAUUUUGGCAGGAAGGAAGGUGGAGAUUGUUAGCUAGAUGGAACACUACAAUGGCUAAAAUUAUGGAGUCUCUUAAUAGACACUUUGCAGUUAUUAAUGAUAAAUCAAAUUGUAUUAACUAGAAGUUGGAUAGGCAUGGAACUUUCAGUGUGAAAAUUACUUUGAAAUCUUUAAUACAACCACAAGAAAAAGUUAACUGGGCAAGAUUAGUUUGGUUAGCAAGUAACAUUCCAAGACACUCUUUUAUGUUGUGGUUACUGGUUAGCAAUACAUAAAAAGCUACUCACUAGAGAUUAGCUGCUCCAAUGGAGCAUAACAGACUCUAAUUUGUGUGUGCUUUGUAAUUCAGCAAUAGAGGAUAUUGAACACUUGUUUUUUGAUUGUAGCUUCUCUAAAGCAAUAUAGAUAAAAGUAUUGUGGGCAAGUAAUGUGAGGAGAAGACCCUUCUCAUGGACAAGAGAAAUUAGCUAGCACAUCAGGAAAACAGGUAAAAAAUCCUUGUUAGCAGGAUAAGAAGAAAGGCUCUAGUUGCAAGUGUCUACUCCAUUUGGAGGGCAAGAAAUAAGUAAUUUUUCAGUAACAAAGUGUAAGUGUGGAAAGGGUUUUUCAGUAGAUUAAAGAGAUGGUAAUCUUAAAAUAUCUGGGCCAAUCUAAAGAAGUGAUAACCGAGUGUAUAACUCUACAGAAAUGGCUUGCUGGAUAGAGGUUGGAGUGAAAGGAGGAAAACAGAGUCAAAAAAAUGAACUAGUGGUGGACGUUAUAACUGUAGAUGUGAGAUGAUUGGUGGGUGGCUAGCUGAAGUAAAGUGCUACUGGUAGUAAUUGAUUGGAGGAAAGGUAAACAAAUAGCAUUUGGAAAAAGGAAAAUGAAUGGUGGAUUUGCAAGCAUUCAUAGGUAUAUGUGUUGAGAAAAAAAGUAGGCACCUGAUUGGAUUCUGAAAAGCAUUCAUGGGUGUGUGUGAUGGAAUAUAAUGAAGGUGUCGUUAUUAAUGUUGUUUCUUAUUUCAGUAUUUUUUUUUUUGGGUAUACCAUGUUUUUUUGUACUAUUGA